AUGAUGGCCAUCAGAAGCAUGAAGAGAAAAGCGUCGUACAGCGACCAUGGCAACAGCCGCCGGCCAGACGGCUCUUCUGCCACCCACUCCCUCCACGACGCCUCGGCCAAGCGGCUGCGUCUCACCAAACCCGUCGACGUGGAGCUCGGCACGCCUUCGUACGACGUGACCCGCGAUGUGUCGGACGAGCUGCUGCUGCGCAUCUUCGCCUACGUCGACGAGAAGACGCUGCUGGCCGCCGCGCCCGUGUCGCGCCAGUUCUACAGAGUCGCCUCGGAUCCCCAGCUGUGGCGCUCCCACUACUACCGCAGGUUCAUUCUGCCGCGCGCCAAUCGCAUCCCCGGUCUCAAGGUCAAGAGCCCGGGAAGCCAAGAUCGGGAGCAGGGCCAGGAGGCGCAGGCGCAGGCGCAGGCGCAGACGCAGACGCAAACGCAAACGCAAGCACAAACGCCUGCGGGGGCCAGCUCCAGCUACGGCCACGGCCACGGCUCCAAUCCCGGCCGCUCCUCCACGGCCCCCACGGCCGUCGAUGCUGAUGCUGAUGCCGAUGCCGAUGCCGAGCCAGCUGAGCCCGUCAAGCCCUUCAAACCCGUUGACCCGGCCGACAAGUCCAGCCACCCGACGGACCUCGUCGACUGGAAGCAGCAGUACCGUCUGCGGCACAACUGGGCACGCGGUCUCUGCGAGGUGCGCCAGGUCCAGGUCAACCCCAACUUCUCCCUGACUCCCAUCCUGGAGCGCCGGACCUUGGUCAAGGUCGUCAAUGGCCUCGCCGUCACCGUCGACCUGCAAGCCGGGCUCCGGGCCUGGGACUUGCGCACGCAGCUCUCUAUUGCGCAGACCACCACCGAGACCCAUGACGGCAUCCACCUCGUGCCCACCGCGCUGGCUUUGGACGGUCAGAGGCUCCAGGCGGGCACCUUGGACAUCAUGCUGGGCUUCAACGAUGGCACUUUUGGCAUCUGGCGCCUGACGGUCAACGAGGGCCGGCUGGCCGUCUUGUAUCGCCAGGACAAGAGCUACGUGGGCAGACUCACCUCAGUCGCAUACUCGUACCCUUAUGCCCUGACGGCUGCCGAGCUGGGAUUCAUCACCCUGUACACCUUUGAGACCCCCGCCCCGGAGCCGGAGCAGACGUCUGCUGCGGGCCCGAGUCAUCACGAUGAUGACACGGGCUAUCUGAGCGACGACCAACUGUCUACGCUACAAGUGGGAGGCCAAGUAGACAAGAGCGCAGACCUCUCCAACCCCUUUGUGCUGUCGUCACUCAAGUCCGACUACUCGCGACAGCCGCUGGUCUUGUCUCUCCGCCAGCUCAAGAACUCGGCUGUCGCCUCCAUUGCCUACUCGUUCGACACUGUCGGCGGCUGGGCCAUUGGCAUCCAAAACUUUGACAUCCGGCCCUCGGGCAGCUCCAAGCCGGAUGUCAUCACGUCUCGCGUUGCCUACACCCUGCCUGCCGAGACGGGCGCAAUGGUCACCACUGCUUCGUACCGACCAAAGUGCCCUACAUGCUCCAACUUUCCCGACUUGUACAUGGACGAUGACGAGGGGGGGCCAACCAAGCUCUGCUACAGCCACCCCUACCUUCUCGCGACCAUGCAGGACAACACUCUUGUGCUCUUUGUCGUUACUGCGACGGAAAGGUCCCUUGUCAUUUCCAACGCCACGAGGCUCUACGGCCACACCUCGGGCAUCGCCGAUGCCGACGUGACCCCAGAAGGCAGAGCUGUUAGUGUCAGCCAGCGCGGUGACGAGAUUCGAGUCUGGGAUCUCGAGGGACACCAGAACGACGUGAGCGUCGAAGUUAGGCCCAGACAAGGCAGAGACUAUGGCGAUGCUGACGACGAGGACGAUUCCUCAGACGAAGCAGAGCAUAGGCGAAACUGGGUUGGGACCGACGACCAGAGAGUCACGGUCCUGAGAGAAACCUCUGAUGGCCGAGAGAGCUUGGUCACCUAUGACUUCACUUGA